AUGGAACAAGAGAUUAAAGCUCUUGAGUGUAACAAAACUUGGGAUAUAGUUGAUUUACCAGUUGGAAAACAUCCUAUUUGUUGCAAAUGGGUUUUUAAGAUCAAACACAAUGCUGAUGGUAGUGUUGAGAGGUUCAAGGCUAGAUUAGUGGCAAAAGGAUUUACUCAACAAGAGGGCAUUGAUUUUCAUGACACCUUCUCCUCUGUAGCAAAGAUGGGUGAUUUAAAUGAGGAAGUUUACAUGUUACUGCCACAAGGUUUUGGUAGUAAGGGGGAGUUCAAUUUCUCAUCAACUGCCACAAGUGGUAUAUUGUUGAAAAACAAUGAUCCUUUGUUGAAGGACAGAAGUGUAUAUCAUAAACUGGUGGGAAAACUGCUAUAUUUGGCCAUGACAAGGCCAGAUAUAUCAUAUGCAGUGCAAACACUAAGCCAAUUCAUGCAUGCACCAAAGCAGUCACACCUAGAUGCUGCACUACAUGUGAUCAGGUAUUUGAAAGGCAAACCUGGUUUCGGAAUCACGUUGAGUAGUGACAAGGAUGACACAAUCACAGCUUUUUGUGACUCUGACUGGGCCUCAUGUGCAGUGACUAGGAAUUCAGUAACAGGGUAUAUUGUAUGA